AUGGCGGACGAGCAGGCCCGGGAUGCUGCUCUCCUGGAAGAGUCCCGACUACCUGACAGACACCAGCCCUGGGGUCCCUUUUGCCGAAAGGAGUUCGCGGGCAUGUGGGCUUUAGGGUGGCCCAUUGCUGUAAGCAUGUUCUGCAGAUUCGCCAUGUUCUCCAUGGAUUCUGCAUGCGUGGGCCAUCUGAACAACAAGCCACUGGCCAAAGAGACCAACUCGGAGCCUGUUUGGACAUUUCCGUGGGCAAGUCCGGUGUUGAACGCCCCACAGCUCAUGGAGCUUCAAGACAGCUUCGAGUCCAAGAUGGUUGGCAUGACCGUCUCGGAGGUCUACACCCCAAAGGAAUAUUUGGCAGCCUCGAGCCUCUCAGAGACUAGCACCAAGACUGGCCAUACCUGUUUGAUGAAGCCGGACAUGAUUACCAACUUUCUGACGACCCCGUUGUUGGCAAUGUCCUUUGGACUCAACCCGCUGAUUGCGCAGUCAGUGGGCUCAGGAAAUCUCAAGAUGGUUGGAACUUGGCUAAAGUUGAGCCUUUUCUGCGUGACGUUGGGGACCAUUCCUUUCAUCACGGGCUUCUUCUUCGUAGACGAGAUUCUCAGCUGGCUACGCUUUGACCCUGACGUCUGCUAUUUGGCAGGAAUCUAUGCCAGAUACAACAGCAUCUGGGUCUUGCCCAACAGCUGGUACGUCACCAUGCGCAUGUACUUCCAGGCCCAAGGCAAGCCACGACCUGCCAUGUACUUUGGGCUGAUCUUCCUUUUCGUCAAUGCACUUUUCUUAUGGAUCUUUGUUUUCGGUGGCCCGGACAACGGAAACUGGUGGCAUGUGGGAGGCCUGGGAUUCAUUGGCGCGGCUUUGUCAAUCAGCUGCUCCCGCAUUGUGCAGAGCUUCUUUUACUGGCUGUACAUGUUCGUAGUUACCAAGUCACAUGCGCCGACCUGGCCCGGAAUGGGCUGCGAUUUUCUGCAGCGCAAAUAUUUGCGGCCAUAUUUUGCGCAAGUUCUGCCUCAGGUUGGCACCAUGCUUCUUCAGUUCCUGAUCUCCCAAUCAACGACGCUAUUGGUCGGCAAAUUGGGCGUUUUGCAAGUGGCUUCAAGCACCGCCGCAGCACAAGCCACUGUGCCAAUCACCGUUUGCUUGCUCAUCACAUUUUCCUCGUUGACAGCCAUCCGAGUGGGAAUGAAGCUGGGCAAAGGUGAAGGCAGUGAAGCCGCACAGACAGCAUGGCUUUGUCUCGGCACGCAGGCCGGCAGUAUGACAAGUUCAAAGUAA